AUGGUUCACAACCAUCCCUUUGCUCCUUGGGGCAGCUUCGCUGCUACCGCGCAGCCUGCAUCAACAAACACCCUUGUCGCUGCUGCUGCUGCUGCAUCUUCAAGCACCGCCACCACCACUGCAACGACUUCCGUCUCCACUUUCAUGCGCACCUCUCAACCCACCAUGGUGCAACCACAUCAUCAGCUGCACUACCAACAUCAGCUUCACCUCCAACAACUACAACAGCAUCAGCAAUAUCUUGCUGCUGCUCGUCAACAGCAACAGCAGGCUCAGCAACAAGCUCAACAACAGCAGAGAGUUUCCUUUCCUACCUUUCCUGCGGUUGCUGUGACCUCAGUUUCUUCCCCAGGUGAUCAGAAAUCGCAGCCUACUUUUCCUCCACCUGUCACUGUCGCUUCCUCUACUGCUGCUCCUACAGCAAAUGGAAGUAGUGGUGGUAAGAAUUCCACCUCCUCUACGACCGCACCUACUAACACCUCCACCACUGCUCCAGCUCUCCCGCAGAUCCCCGAAGACCUUCUCCUCAAACUUGAUCCCUCUCUUGCUGAUCAAAAGCCCACCAUCGAUCCCGCAGUUGAGAAACCCUACCAGUGCGACCAGUGCCUCAAGCGCUACUCAGGCAUAAAGUCGUUGAAAAACCAUAAACUGACCCACUCCGACAUCCGACCGCACAAGUGCUCUUUUUGCCAGAAGGCCUUCCUCCGUGCCGACAAGAUGCGUAUGCACGAGAUUUCACAUCUAAAUGUGAAGCCCUUUGAAUGCGCCACAUGUAAGCAGCGUUUUACUCGCUCUGAUAAAUUGAAAAUUCAUCACCGCACGCACACAGGCAUUCGACCUUAUGCGUGUUCCUUCUGUCCCAAGCGCUUUACUCGUUCGGAUAAACUGAAGAUCCACGAAAGAAUUCAUACUAAAAUUAAGCCGUAUGAAUGCAUUCACUGCGGUAAGUGUUUUGCCCGGUCAGACAAGCGGAGGUUGCAUGAAAAGACGCAUCUCUACGGUCCAAGGCCACGAAGUAGCGGAGUGAGGAAAUCGAAAUCUGCUGUGGCAACUGCGGUAACAAGUACGUCAGCCUCUUCUGUAGUCGCUACUGCAAAUCCACUCCCUGUUUCUGGUUUUGGAUUUUUGUCCGCUGCUGCUCCUGGUGCCGCCACAAGCACUCUCUUUGCGGCGCAGAAUUUCCCCAUUGUGGCGUUGAAUCCGGUGGUUAACGGAACUGCUAUUGUGUCCACUACACCGACUGCCUCUGCCUCAACAUCCGCCAGCACUGCUACCACUGCUACUGAUAACACUAAUAGUAGCACUGCAGUGACGACAGCCACAUCCACCACUGCGACAGCAGCUGUCGCUGCUGCAAUCACAGCUUAUCCUCAGUUUGCCCAACAAAUGCACUAUCCUGUCUUCAUGGCUGCAAACCCCAAUUCUGCGGCAUCAUUCGUCUGUGUCGGACAGCCUACUAGUACUUCUACCGCCGCCACUGCCUCGACGACCGCCACAGGGAUUACCAGCAAUACCACAGCAACGACAUCAACUACUGCUACAACAACUACGCCAGCAGUGGCUGCUGCGGCCACAACAAACAAUAUUGCUGCUGUAAUGGCAGCUGCUGCAUUGGGUCGGCAGUUUCAAACCUCUGCUGCUCAGAGCGGAGCACAGGCUGCGAUAGCUCAGCCCUAUGCUCAUCAUCAAGUGCAUUUACAGAGUCAACAAGCGGCGUAUUAUCAUCGACAGCAACAACAGCAACAGCAAACCCAACAGCAACAGCAGUACGCUUACGCUGCACAUCAACAGCGGCAGCAGUACCAACACCAGGUGGUCCAGCAAGUCCAACACCCCUACCACACUCAACAGCAGCAAGCGCAACAAGCACAAGCGCAUCAUCAGCAAUAUGCUGCAAUGUUGCAGGUCCAUCAAGCGGCACACAUGCGUCAACAAGCGUUUAGUUUUUUCCCAUCUAACCGCACCGCUACACAGUUUGCGUUUAACACGGCACAGGACCAACAGCAGAUACAACAACAGCAACAAGCCCAACAACAAGCACAGCAGCAGCAACAGCAACAGCAAAUUCUGGCUGCACAGCAGCAGUACCUGCAACAGCAGCAUCAGCAUUACGCACAGCAGAUGGCAGUGGUAGCAGCUCAGCAACGAGCUGCCGCUGCUGCAGCAGCCGCUGCUGUAGUUGCUGCCUCUUCCUCUGCUACUACAAUCGGUACCUCAUCUUCCACGACAACAACGACGACAGCGACGGUGACGUCGACAACUACAGCGUCUGCGUGA